AUGUUUAGUUAUUCAGCAAGAUCGAAUGCUCGACGAAUUCCUCUGACUCCAGCCAAACCUCCAAUAUCGGCUUGGGGCUUUAUUAAGAAGAUUCUUAAUGAUCGAACACUAGGUUUCGGUUCGUUAUUGGCUUAUACUUUCGUGAUUGCGAUUCUUCCGUUGUUCACGGCAGCUCUUGGCAUUUUCGGACUUGUUCUCAGUAGUAAUCCAAGUGCACAGCAAUCAAUUGUUGAUUCAAUCGCUGACUCUGGUAGUGACAAUACGACCAAAACAGCUAUUCGUGAGGUUACUAAUCUUGCUGCUAAUAAUCUUGGUGAUAAUGGCGGUGGUAUUCUUGCUAUUGGAAUUAUCUUUGCAUUGUGGGGUGGUUCACGUCUAUUCGUGGCGAUCGAUGAAACCUUUACAAUAUUUUAUCGAACAGCAGAUCGAUCGUUUCUAAAGAAAAAUCUAAUUGCCAUUGGAAUGUUAAUUUUGUUUAUUCUGCUCGUUAUACUCAUUAUUGUUGCAAGUGCUGUACCUUCAUUUCUGAUUAAUACAUUACCCGAUAAUGGUGGUGCACAGUUCGGAAUAUUCAUUGCUGGUAUUGUCAUAUCAAUCACGAUUUUGUUUAUUCUAUUUUUUGUCAUUUACUUUGUCGUGCCGAAUAAGAAAAUAUUGUUGAAACAGAUAUGGUGCGGAGCAUUGAUUGCCGCGAUUUUGUUGGAUAUAUUUCUCAUUCUCUUUCCAUUGUAUGUGCGACGUUUUAUGGGCUCGUUUAUUGGUCUCAUCGGUUUCGUGGUGAUUUUAAUAACAUUCUUUUAUUAUUUUUCUAUUAUUCUUCUGUUGGGCGCACAAGUCAAUGCGUAUUUUUUCGAGCGUAUUCAACCAUUGCCCGAUGGCUUAGGUACAUUUUUACAUGAAGCUGUCUUGCAAAUGCUUGGAGGACCACAUGUGCCAGCAGAAAGAAUCAAAAAAGAAUCUGGGCGUUAA